AUGUGUAAUGUUUAGAAAAAAUUUUUUAGGACUGUAUAUUAUUUUGUUAACUUUGCAAUCCGGAAAUCCUGUAAAUAUUAUUCUUACAAUGAUGGUUAAUAUUGUAUUUAUAUUUUAAUAUUAAAAUAACCGUGUUAACAAUAGUGUUAAAUUAUAGUGUUAAAGUUGUGAAUUGUAAGUUUCUAUUCACAAUGCAAAGUUGAGGAGAACUGUUCAAAAGCAUUAAAGUAACACAGGGCUUUAGUUAUAAGCUUCUAGGGUAAAUAUGUUAGUGCAUAUAUGUGCUGUGACACUGGUGUUGCCCAGGCUUACUUUGGCAAUGGAACAAAGUUAACUGUACUUGAUCGCGAUAUUCCAAUCUCUAGACCAGAAGUGAAAAUUCUAAAACCCUCAAAAAAGGAGCUCUGUAAGAAAUCUGUGACUCUUGUGUGUGUGGCCGAAAAUUUCUAUCCAGACCAUGUGACAAUAAAGUGGAAAAUUGGCAGCAAAGAAGUUGCUAAAGGAGUGGCAACAGACCAAUAUGCUACCCCGAAAUCCAAUAAAAAGUUCUACAUUUCCAGCAGGCUCAAAGUACAUAAAAAAGACUGGAACAAGGCAAAAAACAAAUUUACCUGCAUAGUAACAUUCUUCAAUGAUACUUAUACAGAUUUCACAGUCACAGUAAAUGGAAUUGUAGGUGCAGGUGGAUUUGACCGAGAUGAACACGUGACAAAAGCACAGACAGUAAAGCUUGCAUAUGGUGUGUUUAUUGCUAAAAGUGGACUUUAUGGACUUUUCAUUUUGCUCUUUAUAUGGAGACAGGGUUCAGCAAGCAAGCAAUAAAGUGAAUAGCCACCUGAAGAAGUUACCAAGGAAACUAUCAUCCGGAUACAGUUGUUCAACUUCUUGUAUCAUGUUUUCUAAUGUACUUCAUGCUUUUUGAGGAUUUAACUCAGGAUUAUUAUUUAGCAUCCUAUAGCGGCAAAUCUUUCUUAUAAUACACUUUUUCACUUUUGUUUUUAUAUUCUUUUUUUCCUUUUAAAAUGUAUUAUUACCUUUUCCAUUUGUUUUUCAUUAUUGUAGCUCACUUUACGGAACUGGUUUAAUAUAAAAAUAAACAAUAUUGCAUGUAAGAAUAUCUAUUGCUAAUCCUUCAGUAGGGAUCGAAUCUAAAUCAAUAUGCAGAGCAGAAUGAUUUGUACUAUAGGGUUUCUUCUUUGAUGUCAAUGCUUAGACACACACAACUUUUUUGACCCAACUAAUGAUACGCUAAGAAUAAAAGUGAACUGUUCUUGGUCAUACAGUAGAGCAUGUCUUUAACGUAAUAUUUGGUUCUCUGGGGUGCCCCCUAGUGAAGGUUCAGAUAAUAUGCUCAAUUUGUCAUUCUUUUAAAUGUGUUCCUCUAAAGGAAAUAUAAAGACAAUAUGCAAAUGUUUGUAUAAAACAUUGCUAUUGAGUGGUUACUCUGCGAAAACACCUUUUUGAACUUGAGAGGAAAUGACUUCAUAUAUCCUCUAAAAAAAUAGAAAUUGCAAAAAUGGCAAAGAAAAUAACUAGCAUCCUUUGUUUGCAGAUGCCACUUGCUAAGAUGCUAAUAAUUGCUAAGAAUGGUUAAGUGUAAUACUUUAUUGCACAUAAUUAGAAAUAAUGAUUAAGAAUGAAUAAUAAUUAAAUAAAAUUAUACAAUACACAUAAGACAAGCAUGUUUCAGUCGUCUAUUUCUUCUACUCACAAGAGGCCUCUCAACAUCUGGGAGGCCACUAUGGCUUUUAUGGUCUCGAACUGAAAAGGGGCCCGCAAAAAACAGUGUACUAUUGCCCAUCAUUAGCUGUUAGUUGAGGUUUAGGUAACGAGAUAUAUCAUCGUGUACUAGCUACGCCAAACUAGAAUUUGGAGAAGGGACCAAACUGACUGUUCUGGGUAAGUCGGAAUUAGUUUUUUAAAUUAUCAAAUUUUCAAAGGUUUGAGAAAAGGCAAUUAUUUGAUCUCUGGAAUCAAGUAAGAUGGGUGAUAUUGUAAAAGGUGCACGCACCACUAAACAAGACUCUUAGCAAGUUAUAUUUAGUUCUAUUUCUAAAAAAUAUAUAAUUUGUAUUCUUAGUAUUUUAAAUGACACCUUGAAAUGACAUUUAAAGUAUAAUUUAAGUUAAAAGUUUACAAAUACAUAAUAAAAAUAAUACAAAUAUAUAUUUAUUUCGCUUUUUUCUUCAAGCUAAAAACAUCACUACACCUAGAGUCAACAUCCUACCACCUGCUCCAAAAGAGAUUUG